UCUGUGUUUGGGUGGGUUGAUUUGCGAUAAGUAAUUAUUAUUAUUACAAGUACAAGACCAAACCCAGAUUUCAAGCUAAUGUAGCUCUGUUGUGCAGGAAUAAUGGUUCUUUCUUCAAACAUUGUCCGAUUCUACAAGGGGUUAUUAAGCUCCAAUAUUAGAGCGGUAGUGUUUUUUGAUUGCCCAUGUAACAAACGAUAUUUACAGAAUGGUAAGACAAGUAAGUUGCCCAAAUAUGUCCGUGUUGUCGAAGUCGGACCAAGGGAUGGACUACAGAAUGAACCAGUUACAGUGCCAACAGAUAUUAAGAUUGAGUUUAUCAACAGAUUAUCUCAAACUGGACUACGAGUCAUUGAAGCAACCAGCUUUGUUUCUCCCAAAUGGGUUCCACAGAUGGCUGAUCACAAGUUAGUUUUACAAGGCAUCACCAAACGAAAGGGUAUCAGUUAUCCGGUGUUAGUACCUAACCUCAAGGGCUUGGAAGCAGCGAUAUCAGCUGGAGCUGAAGAAAUAGCAGUAUUUGGUGCCGCAUCUGAGACAUUCAGCAAGCGGAACAUUAACUGCAGUAUUGCGGAGAGCUUGGAGCGUUUCCGAGAGAUUGCGAGGAUAGCUUUAGAGAAGGGAUUGCGAGUGCGUGGAUAUGUAUCCUGCGUCUGUGGAUGUCCUUACGAGGGGGACAUUCAACCUGAACAGGUUGUUAAGGUGGUGCAGGAGAUGAUAGAUAUGGGCUGUUACGAGGUGUCGCUAGGGGAUACUAUCGGUGUUGGCACCCUUGGCAGCAUGAGGCGCAUGCUAGAGGUCGUGUUGGCAACCGUGGACAGCAGGCAGAUCGCAGUGCACUGCCACGAUACUUAUGGCCAGGCCUUGCCUAACAUCUUGGUCGCAUUGCAGAUGGGAGUGAGCGUAGUGGAUGCGUCAGUGUCGGGUCUGGGAGGUUGUCCGUAUGCUCGAGGAGCGUCUGGCAACGUAGCCACUGAAGACCUCGUGUACAUGCUGCACGGCCUAGGCAUAAACACUGGUAUUGAUCUGCCUGCGCUUAUCAGUGCUGGACAGUACAUCUGCAGUUUCCUCAACAGACAGACACAGUCAAAGACAGCUCUCUCUUACUCCAACAAGAUUGCUUGCCUCGAGAACAGCAGAGCACCUUAAAUUCCAACCAGACUAUAUUUUAAGUGACAAAUUUUUUACUCAUACUGUGAUGUGUAUAAAUUUUUAUUAAA